AGCAGUGUGGGGGACUUCAAGGGCAGGGUACCCAGGUGCAGGCUGCCCGCCUGCCCCCUCUGUGCCGUUCUAGGUGCUGGGUUGGCUCCGGUGCUUCUGUGUAUGUUGUACAUACCACCCGCCUGGACAACGCCCCAGUAAACACGUUGGCAUCCUCGGGUCUGCACUUGGCCUCAUCCUCCUUAGCUGGGGCUGGGGCUCAGGUCAGGGUGGAGGUGGGGGCCGCUGAGUUCGGGGUGGGGAGGGAGGCUCCUGACAGUGCCAAUGUGAAUGUACUGCAGGCCCAAACUGCACAGCUCUUGAGAAUCCAGAGCCUCUGCUCCUGAGACAAGAACAGGGAGGGAUCUGAGUGCCCCAGGCACCAGGGGGCCCCCUUCCGGCCUCUUGCCAACAGUGCUGUUUUUUUCUCUUCAUCCCCCAGCCCUACCCCACUGUACUUGGUAGGGGUGGCCCAGGACCCCCUCCUGGGCUCCACACUGGGAGCAUUCCAACAAUCAGGCACUUGGGAAAAUAGGAGCCUUCUGCUUGAGCCAAACUUUUGUUUUGUUUUGUUUUGUCUUGUUUUGUUUUGUGGGACAGGAUCUUGCUCUGUAGUUCAGGAUGGCCUUGAUCUCACUGUGUAGCCCAGGCUGGCCUCAAACUCUUGGUAAUCCUCCUGCCUUGACCUCCUGAGUGCUGGGAUCCUAGGCAUGCUCCACUACACCUGGCCGAUUAGACCAAACUUAGUCCUCUGAGCCCUUCAGUGUGACCCUACAGAAGCUGGGCCUUGGGCUUACGCAGGUGUCCACAGCAGUCCUGAGGCAGGAACCCAGAUGUCCACCAAGAGCAGAUGGGACAAAUCCACUGCAGCACGUUCAAGCAGCUUGCAGGGACAAGGGCGGUGCUGGGUCUCCACUCUGUAGCCCUAGGGCUCCAGAGCUGCCCUUGGCCGUCUGGGGACCCUGGAGCCAACGACUGAGAGCUGGAGUGCGCCUGUCAACAUGGGUGCCUGGCAGAAGCCAUGCAGGAGGCACCUAACCAUUUGGAAGUGGUCAACAGGUGUGGGACCAACCAGGCCAGCCAACCACAGGCCGCAGAUGGGACCAGGUCCUCAAUGUGUGUCCUGUCAGGAGCUGUCACACUCAAGACAAAAACAUCUGGGUGAGGGCUGGGGAUUUAGCUCAGUGUUUCCGUUGCCUGCCUCGAAAGUGCAAGGUCCUGAGUUUGAUCCCUGGUACAAAAAAAAAAAUCUGGCUGCUGGAUGGUCUCAGCUGCACUGUGAGGGUCCUUUAGAGCCUUUGGCCACUGGCCUGUUUGCAUCGUGAGGGACGUCCUGUUAGCUGCAGUCCAAAGUAUGAGAUUAGCAGGGAGUAGCCAGACAACCUGUCCCUGAUCCUGGUUGCUCAGACCUCUCUUGCCUUUGGCUUUCUCUGACUCCCUGCCCCAACCAACCCCUUCUUUAACAACCUCAAGCCCCCUCCCCCAAGGGAAGCAGCCAUCCUGGGUCUAUCCAGCACCCCCUGCUGGGCUCCAAGAAGUGGUCCAGAGUGUCCAAAGCCAGCAGAACAGUUUUAGAGAGACCUAGAGGCUGGAGAAGGGGGGCAGGGGCCCGGCCAGAGCUGAGAUGCUGGACUGGGAGCCACGCCCGGGGCCUGGAAGGUGUGUGUGAGGGCGCACUUUGCAUCCUCAGCCCGAAGGCUGAGGGGCGGGGGAGGGGCUGUCCCCAUUCUGUAGCAGCGGGUGAGGCUGAGGGGCUGGAGACUGAAGGAGGAAUGGCUUCAUCCCACCCUUCCUGCCCAGAAGGCCUUUAAAAGCCUUGAGGGACACCCCCAGGAAGCUAGAGGUGGAGUGCCUGGUGGUGGCUUGGAGGCGGGUCUCAGGGUGAGGUUUGGGCGUGUCAAAGCAGGUCCAGACUGCUAAACGCCAGCGCAAGCCUGACCCAGGUGCCAUGGGGCUGCUGGCGGCCCUGUGCCGGGUCGUGCUGCUCUGCACGCUCAGCCUUGGUCAGCUCCUUGCCAAGGGACCCUGUGGCUCAGGCCGCUUCCUGAACGGGACAGGGACCAACUCGAGGUGCUGCAGCCUCAGUACCCCAGGCAAGGCCCAUGCUGUGAGGGACUGUGAGUGUAUCCAGCCAGAGUACCACUGUGGUGACCCUGAGUGCCAGACCUGCAAAUACCACCCCUGCCCACCAGGCACAGAGGCACAGCCUGAAGGGCAGCUCAAGUAUGGCUUCACGUGUGUCAGCUGCGCUGCGGGGACCUUCUCCCAGGACCACCAGGGCCGCUGCAGACCUUGGGCAGACUGUAGCCAGUUUGGGUUUCUCACCAUGUUCCCCGGAAACAAGACCCACAACGCAGUGUGCCUCCCGGGGCCGCCGCCCGCAGAGCAGCACAGCUGGCUGACCACCGUCCUCCUUGCCGUGGCCGCCUGCAUCCUCGUCCUGACCACUGUCCAGCUGACCUUGCACACCUGGCAGCUGAGGCGGCAGCCCAUGUGGCCCCGAGAGACCCAGCCACUCCUGGAGAUGCUGCCACCACCUGCCGAGGACACCUGCAGCUGCCAGUUCCCUGAGGAGGAGCGGGGGGAGCGCCUGCAGAAGGGCCGGCUGGGGGACCAGUGGGUAUGAGGCCUGGCUGUCCCCAGGAGCAGCUGCACCUGAGCUGGACCCUCUGGAGCUCGCCCAGACUGACCUGGAGCAAGGGCUCUGCUCUGGGCCUGGCCCUGCUCCCUGCGACGGUGGAAGUGGGUGGAGGAUGGGUCCGGUGUUGAGACCCCAGCCACACAGAAGGGGGGUGGACAUGUCGGGGCCCUGUGAGAGACAGGUGCCACAGCUACCUCCUCCCUCAACAGUCUACGGCCCUCUGGGCUGCAGUGCCUAGGGCCAGACCUGGCUGCAGUCCUGUUCUCAAUAAACACUU